UGAGCCUUCUGUCAUCAUCAUUGCUGAGUUGUCGCUUUGGAGAUGCAGCAGGGAGAUUUUGACAGCCCAGUAGAAAAUGAUUGAACUCGGGAUCUCGUUCGGAACGAUCAAAUCCGUCUUGAUCUUCUUCGCUCCCAUUCUCAUCCCUCGCGCGAUCAACUUUUAUCGGAGUCUGAGAGCCACAGCAGCUCAGCGACCGUCUCUCCGUCCUCUCCCUCAUACCUCCGCUCGCGCCCUCAAUGUCCUCUUCGGUGCGGUCGUCUUCUUCCUGCUCCUGAGCCUGCCGUUCAACCCACAUGCUCCGAACCCGAAUAUCUUCGCCCAGACGCGCUCGCGCCUCAACACACCGACAGAUGUCAUCUUUAGUCGGUUGACACGGUUCCGACCAGAGAAUACCCUGACCGCCGCAGACACAUUAUUGCAGUCCAAAUUCACGUCCGUCGGGGCGCGCAAGGUGUAUCUUCGAUUCGGACCGGAUGCGUUGACAUCAUGUCAGUUCUGCUCGCUCGAUAAUCCCGACACAUACCUCCUCUACUUUUUGCCUUUCAACACGCUGCUUCCACACCUUUUGCACAUGGUAAUUUUGGGCUUGGUGACAUCUGCACCAUUUGCGGGUCGAGAGGCUGCAGGUUGGCGCAACAAGUUCACCCUUGCUGGUCUGGCUCUGGCCGCCUUUGACCUCUAUAUCGUCGCGACCGUGGAUCCUGUACAGACUGCCCCGGCGGCCGUGCGGGCAGGUAUUCUUCCACCUUCUAGUCUGUAUCAUCAGAUUACAUUGUUGCGCCCCUUGGCGUUUGCUAUUUUUGAUGCUGCCUGUGCAUCUUUAAUCUACGUGUCGGCCACAAACCGUUUAUUCUUCACGCCACCAUCGCAGACUGACCAACUGGAGCAACUGGUGUCGGCAUCGCUAUCUUCUCUCGGUGGGGCCAGCUCGAAGCUGCAUGCCUUGAGUGUUACACGGAAUGCGGUGGUGAGAGAUAGAGUGCUGAAGGAUCGGGACGAUGACUACUGGCGAACAGUCGUUGCGAUGAAUGGGGAGAAUUCUGGUGCUGGGAAUGGAGAGACGAAUGUUUGGGAAGAAGAAGAGGUGGUGCGAGCCAUGUCCCAGGCGAUGGCGGGACAAGGAAAUGUAGAUUUGGCCAAAGUGGGCGUUGCUGUGAGCGAAUAUGUCAACGGAGUGACAGCAGGGUUGGAAGGGGCCGAUGAGCUCCGUGAUAAAUGAUGCUGUAUAGUGUUGAGCUUUGUCUAGUUAUUCUAAUGCCACCUAGUCUGGAGCAUACGAAACAAAUAUAAGAUAGAAUUCAUAUAUCUGUGGCACAUGCCCCU